CUCACGUGACUUCCUGGAAGGCCGCGGAGGCCGCCCUCUGCCCCGCUCAGUUUCGCUUCCUCUGCCUCUGCCCGAGUGCAGCAGUUUCGCCCUCAGUCCCAGCUCGUCGCGUCAGGAGCGCCAUGGCUGAGCUGAUCCCCCUGGCCGAGGAGCUGUCGUGCUCCAUCUGCCUGGAGCCCUUCAAGGAGCCGGUCACCACUCCCUGUGGCCACAACUUCUGCCGGUUAUGCCUGGACGGGACGUGGGCGGUCCAGGGCCCGCCGUUCCUGUGCCCGCAGUGCCGCGCGGUGUACCAGACGCGGCCGCAGCUGCACAAGAACACGGUGCUGUGCGCGGUGGUGGAGCAGUUCCAGCAGGCCGAGUUGGCCCGGGAUUUGCCCCCCGACGGCUGGACGCCGCCUUCCCGCUCCACGACCCCGAGUCAGGCCAGCCAGGUGGCCUGCGACCACUGCCUAAAGGCCAACGCCGUCAAGACGUGCCUCGUGUGCAUGGCCUCGUUCUGCCAGGAGCACCUGCGGCCGCACCUCGAUAGCCCUGCCUUCCAGGACCACCCGCUGCAGCCGCCUGUCCGCAACCUGCUGCGCCGCAAGUGUCCCCAGCACAGCCGGCUGCGGGACUUUUUCUGCCUCCAGCAUGGCGAGUCCAUCUGCCACAUCUGCCUGGUGGAGCACAAGACCUGCUCUACUGCGUCCCUGAACCAGGCCAGCGCUGACCUGGAGACCCAGCUGAAACAUAAGCUGAUCAUCAUCCACAGUCAGAUCAAUGGGGCAACACGAGCGCUGGAGGACGUGAGAGCCAGGCAGGAGGCUAUGUGGGAUGCUGCGCACAAGAAGAUGGAGCAGCUUAGACAAGAAUACGUAGAGAUGAAGGCUCUCAUUGAUGCUUCAGAGGCCAGCUCGACACAGAAGAUAAAGGAAGAGGAGAAGAGGGUCAGCAGCAAGUUUGACAACAUUUACCAGAUCCUCCUCAAGAAGAAGAAUGAGAUUGAGAUCCUCAAGGAGGAGAUUGAGCUUGCCCUGACUGAGGGGGACGAGUUUGAGUUUCUGGAGAAAGCGGCAAAACUUCACGGAGUCUUGACAAAGCCAGUCUACGUCCCCAGGGUGGAGCUGAAUCACAAGCUGAUACACAGUGUCUGCCAGGGCACCUCGGACCUCAAAAACGAGCUGAAGCAGUAUAUCAAGCAGGUCAAGAAGGCUGAGGAGCCCAGUGGCUCAGGAGACCCUGGAGAGCAUGGCCUGGAGCCCACGAGCAAAGUGGCACGCCCUGUGAAGAAGGUCCAAAAAGAAGAAAAGAAACCCAAGAAACCUCCUGUUGCCAUGGCUCACCCUGCCACACCCUGCAAGACUCCCACCUUUGGAGCCCCGGAACAGUUGGUGGAUGUAAAACAAGCUGCCAGUCUGGACGCUUCAGUCAAAGCCACCAGCGUGCAGCCAAACUCAGCGUCUCUCAAGACCAAGGUGCUGGAGACCUUCUUAGCCAAGUCGCGGCCUGAGCUCCUGGAGUAUGCUGUUAAGUUAACCCUGGACUACAACACCGCCCACAACAAGGUGGCUCUGUCAGAGAACUACACUGUCGCCUCAGUGGCGGACUUACCCCAGAGCUACCGGCCACAUCCGCAGAGGUUCACGUACUGCUCUCAGGUGCUGGGCCUGCACUGUUAUAAGAAGGGGAUCCACUACUGGGAGGUGGAGCUGCAGAAGAACAACUUCUGUGGGGUGGGCAUCUGCUACGGAAGCAUGAAACGGCAGGGCCCCGAGAGCCGGCUCGGCCGCAACAGCGCCUCCUGGUGUGUGGAGUGGUUCAACACCAAGAUCUCUGCCUGGCACAACAAUGUGGAGAAAACCCUGCCCUCCACCAAGGCCACGCGGGUCGGGGUGCUGCUCAACUGUGACCAUGGCUUCGUCAUCUUCUUUGCCAUUACUGACAAGGUCCACCUGAUGUAUAAGUUCAAGGUGGACUUUGCCGAAGCCCUGUACCCGGCCUUCUGGGUGUUCUCUGCAGGUGCCACGCUCUCCAUCUGCUCCUCCAAGUAGGAGCAGCUCUCCGGCUCCUGCUGCCUGUGGAGUGCCCAGACUCUGAUGAAAAUGCUGCAGGAGGAACUCGGAGAGUUUCCCUGAGAGUCCCCGAGGGCUGGGGGUGGGGGUGAUUUGGUGGGAGGUGAGAAGGUGGGGAGAUGGGGUAAGAGGAGGGGCUCUGCCAGGGAAAGCCGGGGCGUGGGGGUGGUUGUGCUGUGGGCAAGGAAGCAUCUCCACCUCCCAGUGCCCACUAGGGCAUGAUGACCUCCUCCCCCUGUCCUGGUAGCUCUCCAGGCUGCUGGGCAGCUGGCCAGGGCUUUGAGUCAGGUCAGAGCCCCUCCCCUCCUGGAGAAGCCACAGCCCCACCCAGGCUCUCCGGCCUCUUGGCGCCUCCCCUUUUGCUCUCUGGAGUAACCUUCAGAUCUUGGUGUUCGGUUAGUCUCUGAAGGGCUAUCACAAAGUCAUUGAAUUUCAAUAUUACCCCCCAGUAUCCAUAUGUAGGGGCUGGGGUGACGCUCAGAUUCCUGGUUAUUUUUUGUGCUUGUGGGAAAUGGCCCACAACAGGCCUCCACCCAGCCAAGUUUCCCAAAGAAGGGGGUCCUCUUCCUCCACUGGGAAAGAACCCUGCUUCCCUCCCUGUCCUGUGCCCCUCAUCACCCCAUCGGCAGUUUAAAAAUAUUAAAUGGAAGAGAAGCCUUUUCAGCCUAAGGCUUCAAAUCAUGAUCUGAAUCAGCCUGUGUUGAAUUUGUGAUUCAAGGUCAGUGUGAACAUGGCCCCAAGUAGAGGGAACCCCUCCCACUGAAGUGUGACCAAAGGCCUCGUGGCAGAGAUGCUCCGGCUGCAGCCAUGAGGCCUUGCUGGAGGCCUUCCACGGUCUAGGCUUUGGGGCAAGGAUCCGCUGGGCAGCCGGGGCCCUAACUGGGUUGGCAGAAGUGUGCUGGUUUUGCCUUUAGGAGAGUGGCUUGCCUUUUUACUCAUAACUCCCCUGAGUGAUAAUCUCCCCUCCCCAGGACUGUGAGAUACUGGACUGGCUGGGGUAGGUACCACUCUGGCCAGCACAGUAAAGUGGACAGCCAAGCUAGAUGUCUGGAGCCUUCCAGCAGAUCCCAUGUGAAAUGGUGGCACUGCUGUUCAUCCCCAGCCACAGGCCGCAGACCCAGUGCUGCUCCUCGCCUGAGUCAGAGGUCUGGCCCUAGCCCUGGCCCCUUCUGCUCCCUUCCUCAUUUGAACCAGUUCCAAAUGUGAGAAUUGGCCAGGCUAGGGAUCAUGAAGUCUAAAGACCAGGGACAAGCUCCAGGUCUCAAGCACAGGGACUAUGUUUCCUGCAGUGUUUCUGUGCAGUAAAAAUGACCUCAGUCCAGUAAGGGGAGGGAGUGAAUGGGUUGCUGGAUUUUCCCAAGCUCCUCAGCACCUGAUGUCAAGAGGUAAAUUCUCAUCCCAGAAGUGGGAGAAAUUGAACUUGUUGUGAAACAAGUCCUGCUCUGGGCUUGCCCAAGAAGGGAGUUCUUUGUGGUAUGAAAAAGAGGUCACCCCUGGGGGAGUGGGGACCCCAGACCUUUUCAUAUGGGUAUUUGAGAAUUUAAUGCAUCUCUGGCCUGGUGCUGAAUUCCAGGGUGCACUAGUCCAGAGCACUUGAUAUUCCAGACAGAUGUGUCCGUCUGUGUCAUCUCCCGGCAAGGACUUUAACUUCCUUGGGGGGGAGAGCAUUGUAGGGAAGACAUCCCUGCAAUAGCUGAGGUGUGGUUUUAAAAUUUUUUCUUCCUUUGCUACUGGGAAGAAAAGUUCUUUGGUGAUUGUCCUCUGCUUUUGGAGAUGGUCAAAGCACCUUCAUUGGUCUUCUGAAGCAAAAGCCUUUUGAAGCCAAGGCAUACUUGGGAAAUAGCUGAGUAGAGGAAAAGAAUGCUAGGGAUUAACCCAUGGGACCUGCUGUGGCUCUCAUCUGCAGAAAUGAGGGCAACAGAGAGGGAUCUUCCCUGGUGAUCACCUAGCGCAGGAUAGGGAAGGGAGUCCCUCUGUUUAUAAGAAAGCAAGUAGGUGACCCCAGCUGAGCCCUGUGAAUCCUACUUUGGAGAUGUAAAUUGAGUAGUGGCCCUUGCUGUCUUGAGCAGUUCUGUUUUCAACAGUGAACCCUUGCAUUCCCUCCCUUGCAGGGCAGCUCCCCAACCCUGGAGUCCUAGAGUUGGGGAAAACUAUUCAUUGGUCUUCUCCUUUGGCAGAGUAAGUCAGACAGGGAGGUAGUGGAUGACGCUGCUCACUGCUCUUACCAGCCCAUCAUGGAGGAGCUGCCUCCUAGGUGCCUUCUGACUCACUCUGGUGUGACCAGGCCAGGGUCACGUGUUUUUUUAUUAUUCAAGAGUGGACAGUUCCCCUACUGUAAUUACUCUGAAAUGGAUCUAGGAUCUAUAACUAAUAUUGAUAUGUUAUCUUGUGCCUUAUUCUGUCCCCACUCCCACUAUUGAUUUUAAUUAAUUAGGAGUAUUGGGACUGUUAGUUCUCGAGCUUAUGCAUUUAAAGAGCUGAUUCCUUAGGAGGAAAUCAGAGUAGAUGUGGAUCUUUUGAGACCCUUAAGAAAUACCAGGGUCCAGUCUGGCUGACAUGACUUAGAAGCUUUGGAUGUGGUAAAUCAGUGGUAGGUAUUCUUGCUUGCAUCUCAGUAUAGCACUUUUCUGAGUUCUGUGAGUUGCAGUGAAUGAAUCUCAGGGAGGUAAUGUGCUAUAGGCUGGAUGUUUGUGUUACCCCCAAAUUCCUAUGUGGAAAUAACCCCCCAAAAUGUGAUGGUGUUGGAGGGGAUUGGGUCAUGAAAGGGGAGCCCUCAUAAAUGGGAUUAGUACUCAUAAAAGAGACCCCACAGAGCACCCUCACUCCUGCCGUGUGAGGACACAGCAAGAUGGUUGUCUAUAAACCAGGAAAUGGUUCCUCACCAGCCACUGAAUUGGCCAGUCUGUGGAUCUUAAGCUUCCAGCCUUCAGAACCUGUGAAAAAUGUUAUUUAAGCCACCAGUUUAUAGUAUUUUUGUUACACAUCCCGGAUUGAGACAUCAUGGGAACUGCGAAACUGAUUAAAGGAAACCUCAUUUAACAUGGAGUUAAUGAGCCCAGAAAGGGUAACUCUCUCACUAAACCACUCUGCAGCCCUUUGCAGAUCCCAACAGGAAGAGCGUACCUUUUGUUCUUAACAGGAGGAAACCUAUACUUUAUGCCAACAGGAGCAAGAUUUUCUCCUUGCCUGGCAACAGUCCAGCCUAUGAGAGACUUGUCACAACUCAGCCGAAGAAAGCCACUAUACUUUGAAAUCCCAGAUUACUGUACUGGACUUUAUGUUUGUAGCAGCCCCUUGCAACUCCCCCCUUUCCUCUCCAAAAGGGCAUUCCUUUCCUUUGUUCUCUGGACUUGCCUAUAGUUUUACUAUAGCUUGCAUGUCUCAAAUUAUAACGAUUUUCUAUUCCUAAAUAAACUCAUUUUUGGUGGUAAAA